GGAGCCCCCGAGACCCCGCGCCCUCAGCGCUCCAGUCCGGCUCAGGCGUGGACAGGGCGGGCGCCGGGGCGGGGCGCGCGUCCUCGCCAGUUUGAAUGGAAGGAUCCAGAUCUGCGGAGACGGCGGCCAGCAGAUACUGAGGCCAGCACUCCUCCCCAGCCCCCGCGCCCGAGACAUGCGGCGGGAGAGGUGCGGCGCCCCCCGCCCGCGUCCCCGCCAUGGAGGUGCUGCGGCGCUCCUCGGUCUUCGCCGCCGAGAUCAUGGACGCCUUUGACCGCUCGCCCACCGACAAGGAGCUGGUGGCCCAGGCCAAGGCGCUCGGCCGGGAGUUCGUGCACGCGCGGCUGCUGCGCGCCGGCCUCGCCUGGAGCGCGCCGGAGCGCGCCGCGCCCGCCCCCGGCGGCCGCCUGGCCGAAGUGUGCACGGUGCUGCUGCGCCUGGCGGACGAGCUGGAGCUGAUCCGGCCCAGUGUCUACCGUAACGUGGCCCGCCAGCUGAACAUCCCCCUGCAGUCCGAGACCGUGGUGACCGACGCCUUCCUGGCUGUGGCAGCCCAGAUCUUUUCUGCAGGAAUCACCUGGGGCAAGGUUGUGUCCCUGUACUCAGUGGCUGCGGGGCUGGCCGUGGAUUGCGUGCGACAGGCCCAGCCUGCCCUGGUCCACGCCCUCGUUGACUGCCUCGGGGAGUUCGUGCGCAAGACCCUGGCGACCUGGCUGCGGAGACGCGGUGGAUGGACGGAUGUGCUCAAGUGCGUGGUCAGCACUGACGCUGGCCUCCGCUCCCACUGGCUCGUGGCCGCGCUCUGCAGCUUUGGCCGCUUCCUGAAGGCUGCGUUCUUCAUGCUGCUGCCAGAGAGAUGAGCUGCUGGCUUGGGCAGGGGCCGCAGCCCGGCCCCCUUACACGGGAGGCCCUCAGCCGCCGAAAGCAUCACCCUCCGCCCCACCCAAGCCGGGAAGACCCUCGGAGCCCCGCGUCGAAGCUGGAAGCCCUGCCCUGAGCCCCUCCUCCACAGACCCAGGCCCUCCG